AUGCCUACCCCUGGAGUAGUCAUGCGCAUGCUCACGGCGCCCCCAGCUAAUGAGAAUACGGGAACGGCGCCGUCACCCGCCACCAUCUCCGCUGGGGUCGAAGCCGUCUACCACCUUUCCGCUACCGACAAUCUCCAGCCAGCGGCCAGCACGAUGUACUUUCUCUCAGACAUUGAGCCCAUCCUCAAUGAUUCGUCGUUGUUUGAUGAGGACGUCUCCAACACGUCUCUGGGCAGUGAAACCAGUGGGCGUGGCCUCGCCUGGCUCGUUCUGUCCUACAUUACCGGCCGGGACGACGGAUACGGCCGUUUCGCGCCGUCUCAGGUGCCACCCACGUCCUUCUUUCCACACGGCCACAACAAGGACACCAAUGGCAGUAAUGAGCCACAAUUGCCGCCAGUUGGCACCGUCGUCGUGGCCAACGGCUCCUCUCCACGAGCGGACAAGGAAGACGACUACCACGCGUGGUACGAAGAGGAGCACGCGGGCCGGCUCGCCAAGGUACCCGGAUGGCAGCUGAACAGACGAUACCGGCUCGAAAAGAAGUACGAGCAAGGAAAUUGUGUCGAGACGGCGAAAUUCUAUGGCAUCAACUUUUAUGACGAAUCCAACGGCCUGGGCGGCGAGGUGUGGAAGGAGUCCACGUUGACGCCAUGGACAUCGAGAAUAAGGCAACAGGCCGAGAAGCCAAACAUUAGAAGGACAUGGCAGAUUGUGGCUCGAUGCAACAUCUGAUUAAGGACGUGUUCUGGAGCACUUCGCAAAUGAUGAAUGGUUCUGUAGAGCAGAUGGUAGAAUGAAG